AUGGUGUCUGAUGCUUCGAUGGAGAGCCACACUGUUCAGCUCGUGCCUGAAGGUCGAACCAAGCAAUUCCAGCGCGUCUGGGUAUUCCAGGUGCUCCCCACGCUGCCAGUUAGCGCGUGUGGGACUCGACGCAGCGGCGUCGCUUUCCGUUAUCCAUUCCCUCCUCCAGUGCUUCAGGCUUUGAUUUGCGCUGCCUUCUGGAGCGGACUCUUUAUGACGGGGGUCAAUGCAAACGGGGGUCAGUCAGAGCGCCAGAUCUUGCUUUUCGCCUCGCGGGGCAAUUUUGGGAAAGCGAGCUGUACCAGCCAGCAGCCGGCCUUCGGGCGGUCGUCAAGAGCGCUGCCGAUGCCAGCGCGGCUGCGGGGUAGGGAGGAGGACAAUCUGUCCUUCCAUACUCCUAUCCUUGCCAUCUAG